AACCUUACGGCGUAAAAAUCACUUCUGAAACUAUUUUACUCUAUUUCAUUUUGAUAGUUGUGUCAUACCAAUAAUAUAACUAAAUCUCUAAAGAUUUUCAUAUUUUUCUUUAUUUACUAGGUACCUACUCUUUUACUAAAGUUUUUUAGUUUGAAACCAAUGUUGUUCAUGAAACUAAGUUGUUUUAUGGUUCUGCAUUUGAUUCCAAUAACCUGGGUUCUCUGCAACGCGGAACGUUGCCAAAGUUUAAGGUUUCGAUAUCUUCCUUGCGGGCUGAAUCUGAAAUUCUCCGAGACCCAUUGAUAGAACUUCAAUCGAUUAUCAAAGCAAAUAAUUUCUGGUUGAAGAAAUAAAAAUGCCCUGUCCGUUUUUGAGUCGUCUCUCGAACUCGUUUGUUCGCAACCACUGUUCGUCUCUGCUGAAGAACUAUGCGCAGCACUGCCCCGCAAUGACCCGGCUGAUGAGCAGCGGGGACCCUGGCUCCGACCAAGGCGAAGGCGAAGCUUUCUCGCUCAACAAGUGUCCAUUUCUAACCGAAAUCAAACCCACCAUCAAGAAAGUCAGCUAUGAAUUGCAAGAAGACAUCCAUCCAGUAGAUCAAGUGGAUUUGAACAUGGAAUCAAAAGUUGAAGAAACUAUUUCGCGUUACCAGAAUGAAGUUCUUGAUAAACUCAUCAAAGGGAACGAGUCUACUGAGAAAGAGGCAUUUAAUUAUGAUCAAUUUUUCAGUGACAAAAUACUGCAAAAGAAGAAGGAUCAUUCCUAUAGAAUAUUCAAAAAAGUGAACAGGCUGGCAAGCAAUUUUCCAGCUGCAUUGGAAUGCAGCGAAGGUGAGCAACCCAUAACAGUAUGGUGUGCUAAUGAUUAUCUGGGAAUUACAUGUCACCCAAAAGUGAAAGAAGCUGUGCACAAUGCCAUUGAAGUGUAUGGAGUAGGUGCUGGAGGAACUAGAAAUAUUUCUGGAAACUCUUACUACCACGAGCAACUUGAGAAAGAACUAGCUGUAUUGCACCAGAAAGAAUCAGCCUUACUUUUCACUUCAUGCUUUGUAGCAAAUGAUUCAACACUCUUAACUCUGGCUCAAUCAUUGCCAGGCUGUCACAUAUUCUCUGAUGAAGGCAAUCAUGCAUCGAUGAUUCAAGGCAUAAGAAACAGUCGGGUUCCAAAACAUAUCUUCCGUCACAAUGAUCCAGAUCAUCUCUCUGACCUGCUGAAAAGUGUUAGCAAGGAAACGCCAAAGAUAGUUGCAUUUGAAACAGUACAUUCGAUGACUGGGGCGAUCUGUCCUCUGAGGGACCUUUUGGAGGUGUCGCACGAGCAUGGAGCACUGGUGUUUGUGGAUGAGGUGCACGCGGUUGGACUCUACGGUCAGCAUGGCGCAGGAGUGGGAGAAAGAGACAACCUACUCGAUGGAAUGGACAUAAUCUCUGGCACACUUGGCAAGGCGUUCGGCAACAUAGGCGGCUACAUAGCAGGCAGCAAAAUGAUGGUCGACAUGGUGCGCAGCUAUGCGGCUGGAUUCAUAUUCACCACCUCGCUUCCACCUACUGUUGUUGCUGGAGCUAGGGCUGCUGUCAAAAUUCUCUCUUCAUCUGAAGGCAUGCUGCUCAGAGAAAAGCAUCAGAACAACGUAAAAUAUCUCAAGAAUCUUCUCAUCUCCAGAGGGAUACCAAUUGAACCGACUCCUUCUCAUAUUAUUCCGAUAAGAGUGGGUAACCCCUUUCUAUGCACCACACUUUCCAAUCGUCUAUUGAAAGAAAAAGGCCACUAUGUUCAAGCAAUCAACUAUCCCACUGUUCCCAAAGGAGAAGAGAAGCUGCGUCUCGCUCCAACACCACACCACACCUAUGAGAUGAUGGAUGUCUUUGUCGAUGACCUCUGCGUCAUCUGGGAAUCUUUGAAUCUUCCAUUGACCUCCCCCUCUGUAUGUAAAAGAUGCAAUAAGCAACUCGACAACCAAGCUGCAGUUGAUUAUGAUAAUGGUACCAUUUCUAAAAUCUAUAGGAAAUUAGGAGCAGGUUUUCGUUGUGCUGCUUCGGCAAAUUGUACAUUCUCAGAUUGUCCAAUCAUGGUUUCUGCCUAUUAAUGAAAUUCCAGCUAGAAGUGAAUGGCUUAACAGAUCUGUUAGACAUCGUAUUGCUAUAAAUAAAAUAUAUAAUCCAAGUUAUUGAAUUAUUCGUGGUUGAAGAUUAAUGUAAAUGUUAGAGAUAUAAGCAUUGGUGAUUGUUUCAGUAUUAAUGAAUAAAUAAUAACAUGUUUUGGGAAAAUAGGGAGGAAUAAAUUACAAUCAGAAAUUAUGGCUUUUGAAUAUCACUACUUCAACUUUACUAUUUCCGAUUUGUUGUUUGGCACAAUAAGUUACUAACUACUUGUUUCCAUGAUUAAAAAUGGUGGUUGUAAGAAAUAGUUCCUUCAAAACUUUAAGGAAUGUGUGCUUCAUUAGAAUCAAUCUUUCUUCAUUCUUGGUGCUAUCAUUGUUAUUAUCACUCUAGAUUCCAAACCAAUUCAUACUCUCCACUCUAGUAUAACCGCACAACUAUUCAUUGAUCCAAUUCAAAAAAUAAUUAGUUGUUAGAAUAAUAUUAAAAUCAAAAGAAUCAGAACUAAGAAUAGAAACAACACAAAAAUCAUUCCAACUUCACUGACUUGAGUGGAUUCUUCGCAGUCAAAACUACACUUAUAAAAAAGACAGAAAAUCUUUAGAUCUUCUGAUUUUAAGAUCUUAGAUCUUAAGAUUUUGUUAGAGGUAGUCAUCCUCCCCACCAGAAUUUCUAAAAUUGUGGUAAUGUUCUAUCAAUGUUGAUAAUAAAUAUAAUUAUAAUCAUGUUAA